UCUUAGGACGGAUUUGUCACACCCAGGUCGCCUUGAAGGGUGGAUCUACAUUUUUUUUUCUUGUAUUUUACCAAUCAUACCAUAUAAAGAUUAUUUUGUUAAAUGAUAACCGAAGUAGUACGACACUUAUGAAUUAAAAAUAUGUUUCCUGACCCCAUGAUAUUACAACUUCUUGUACUUUAGCAAUUAUUCCAUGAAAAAUAUAAGGAAUCAAUCAAAAUUUAAAAUAAUUAUCUUUAACUAUAAGCUAGUGAAAUCACUACCACUUGCCAUUUGUUAGGUGGGUGGGUUAAUCAAUUUAAUGGUUGAAAUUAUAUGAUUUCCCCCCCAAAUUUCCUAUUUUUCAAUUGUUUAUCAUAAUCAGUUCAGAGUUGAUUCUCGUUUCGACGUUGGCUAGCUUGGAAUGGAUAGGGUAGCGUGCACAAGUUCACGGGCUUUGUCAUUAUCCUAUAAAACAGAGUGUAAACCAAAUUAAUCAGAUCCUCAAACUUUGAUAUUAGUAUUUUGUUGAAUAAUUAUUGCAGUCAUCAUCAUUCACGUCACUAGCAUCACUCUACCUACUGGAGAAAUGGCAUUUAGUCAUGGAAAAUCGUCCGUUUGAAAGUUGUGUUAUGUGGUUAAUGGUUUUAGUCACGGAAAACUAUAUCGUAAUAAAAAAACUAGUUAAAAUAAUUCGAGAUACCCGCUACCAACCUGCCAUUGCCAUUCCUAACUCACCUAGGCUCUCUCUAAUUAGCCACUCCACAAUAUGAUCUAUCUAUAAUAACCAUUAGCACUCGCCAAACAGUUUUCUUGCUCUUCCUACAGGCAAAUACUUAAAAGAUUGAUCACUCAUGGAUUCUCAAGAUCAGCUACUCGAAGCUCAGGCGCAGAUAUGGAGUUGGGCGUUGAGCCACAUCGUGACCAUGUCAAGGAAAUGCGCCAUCGAGCUAGGCAUCCCCGACGCCAUCCACAAACACGGCCGGCCACCGCCCGCGGCCGCCGGCAUCUCACUCUCCCAGCUCACCUCCAUCCUCCAAAUCCCUCCGACGAAAGCGGACGCUUUCGGCUGCCUCAUGCGCAUCCUCAGCACCAAGUCCGGCGGCCUCUUCUUCUCCUGCUUCCAGCCACUGCUGCUGCUGGAAGGAGGAGGAGAAGAGGAGGCCGACCUGCAGCCCCACUACUCGCUGACUCCAGCGUCACGCCUGCUGCUGAGGGACCACCAUCAGCAGCAGGUGGCGCUGGUGCUGCUUCAGCUCCACCCUGCUAUGAAGGACCAGUGGUCCGUCCUCAGCACCUGGCUCCGACGAGACCACGACAUCAUCGUCGGAGCCGGUCAGAGCAGCAGUGCCGCUGCUGCUACGCCUUUCGAGAUCGCAAACGGCAUGUCGUUUUGGGAUUACGUGGGCGGCGGCGGCGGUGGCGGGACCGGCGGUGAGGAGCUGAAGGCCCUGUUUCACGAGAGCCUCGCGAGCGACUCGAAACUGCUUGCCGGUGCACUGCUAUCGAGGUGCAAGCAUGUGUUCCAUGGCGUUGCGUCGUUGGUGGACGUCGGCGGCGGCACGGGGACGGUGACGGCGGCCCUCGCUGAAGCGUUUCCGGAUAUGAAGUGCGCCGUUUUGGACCUCCCGCACGUCGUCGGGGAGCUUCAGGGGGAUCUUACUGGUGUUGAGUUUAUCGCCGGGGACAUGUUCGAAAAGAUUCCCUCUGCAGAAGCCAUCUUUCUCAAGUGGGUCAUCCAUGACUGGGACGACGAGCGCUGCGUGAAGCUGCUGAAGCUCUGCAGAGAAGCAGCAGCCUCGUCGUCGUCAAAGGGUGGCGGUAAGGUUAUCAUCGUAGACAUUGUUCGUGGAAUAAACAACAAGAACGAGCUUUCAGGAUCUUACUGUGGGGAUGAGAUCGAGCAUUGCCUUGAUAUGCUGAUGAUGGCUCUCGUCAACGGGAGAGAGCGAGAUGAGAAGCAGUGGAAGAAGCUGCUCGUAGCUGCUGGCUUCUCCAGCUUCAGAAUCCAUCCAGUUCUUGGCGUCAGAUCCCUCAUUGAAGCUUUCCCUUGAUAGAUCGAUCGAGUUAUCGCGUUUUGGUUUUCUUCUUCUUCAGAUCAUGCCAGCCAGGGGUUAUUUGACGAUUCCGUGGUAAAAAGUCACCGGUCACAACUAAUUUGGCUCCAAUAUCUUGUCUAAAUUACUUGCGUUUUCAAAUGAGACUUAAUUAAAUUCUCAUUUGAAA